AACCUGUCAUUCAGAUAACUAAAUUAAUAAAUAUGCUUAUUUGUUAUUUACUUGACACACCAGUUGGGGGCAAGGUUUUACUCGUUUUAUAUUUCUAUUCCACAAAUGGAUGUUGCUUAGAUGAUUCCGCAUGGAAACCGCUGCACAUUACAAAACAUGGAAGAGCUCCCUUUGCAUUAAGAGGAAGCGAAAAAGAAGUUUCUCACUUGGGGAAACACUAAGAUAAUCCAGCCCCUCAUGGUGUUGGACCCUACUUAUCUGGAUGAGCUAGGGCAAUGGCAGGACAUUGAUGACUUACUGUAUGACCCAAAAUGGAGAAUCCUGCUAUUCUUGCAUGCACCAGCCAGCCUGGAAGCCACCACUGAGUUUCUAUGUUCUCUUCGCUUCCUCAAUGACGGAGAAGAGGCAAAAUCAGGUUCAGAAGUCACCUCCACUUCAAGGGUCACAUUCACUCUGAUGGGUCGACUGCUGAACCUAACUUUGGCGGACUUAGGGUGGUUGAUCGGUCUAUACACGCUCGAUGAAACGCGGAGCCUAGCCUUUGCCGAUUUGCCCAACCAGUUAGAUCCAGAAUUCAAUGUUAAGAAGUUCUGGCAAGCUCACGGGCAUGGACGAUUUCACAGUGGAGCAAGCCUAGCUAGGAAUUCGGCACGUCCGUCUUGGAGAAUUUUGCACCAUGCAUUGGCUCACAGCUAUUUCAGUCGUUCUCACGGCCCUGACGUGGUGUUUGAGUCUGAUAUGCUGUUUUUCUGGAGUUUGGAGGCACGCGUACCAGUCAAUUUAGCAACCUUUGUGGCUCAAUUCUUGUUUGCUCAGUCUACUUGCGACCGCCAGUUUGUCUUGUGUGGGCCAAUGGUUACACUCCUGGCUUGAGGAUUACGUAUGGCAGUUCACGAUGUUCUUCUAGAAUCUGCAAGCAUGUUCCGACCACCGACAGGGUAUUUGGCCCAGAUUGCCUACAAUAAGGAAGACAAGGAGGCACGUCCAAGACCGCAGCAUACCAUUCCUAUGUCUCUCCGCGAGCUUUCUUAGGCU